CUCCCCCUGGUGGUCUCAGGUUACCUGCAGGAGCUGCUGAAUCGCUCCGAGGUGGCCCUGCAGGAGACCUUCGCCCCCUCCAUGGGGCUGCUUUACUCCCAGAACGCCCCGGUCUUCUCCGACCUGUACAUGGAGCUGAGGCGCUACUGCAGAACCUCCAACGUCAACCUGGAGGAGGCCCUCAACGACUUCUGGGCCCGGCUGCUGGAGAAGCUGUUCAACCAGGCCAACCAGCAGUACAUCAUAGAUGAGGACUACCAGGAGUGCGUGUCCAAGCAGAUGGAGACGCUGCGGCCGUUUGGCGACGCCCCCCGCGAGCUCAAGCUGAAGGUCACGCGCGCCUUGGUGGCGGCGCGCUCCUUCAUCCAGGGGCUGUUGGUGAGCGGCGACGUGGUGCGCAAGGUGUCCCAGGUGCAGCUGAGCCUGGAGUGCAUGCGGGCCAUGAUGAGGAUGACCUACUGCCCCCACUGCCGCGGCAUGGCGUCCGCACGGCCCUGCGCCAACUACUGCAGCAACGUGAUGAAGGGCUGCCUGGCCAACCAGGCCGACCUCAACACAGAGUGGAGGCAUCUGGCUGACACCAUGGUGCAAGUGGCGGGCCGCUUCGACGGGCCCACCGGCGUGGACGUGGUGAUCCUCUCGCUGCCCAACCGCAUAGCAGAGGCCAUCUCCACCAUGAUGGAGAACAUAGAGGCCGUCAACAGCAAGGUGUUCCAGGCAUGUGGGAGUCCCAGGGGGGGGGUCACCAGCACGACAGCCCAGGAAGAGGUGUCGAAAGGGGGGAAGAUUAUUGUGGAGGACAGGGUGGGGCCCAGCACCGGCAAACUAGAGCAAAUGGUGUUGGACGCGUCCAGGAGGCUGAAGGACAUGCAGCCCUACUGGGUCUCUCUUCCCAGCGUCCUUUGCAGCGACCGCAUGGCCACCGGGGCAGGUGCGGAGGACAGGUGUUGGAACGGGAUGAACCGCGCCAGGUACCUGCCUGAGGUCAUGGGCGAUGGAUUGGCCAGCCAGAUCAACAACCCUGAGGUGGAGAUUGACAUCACCAAACCAGACAUGACCAUACGCCAGCAGAUCAUGCAGCUGAAGAUCAUGACCCACCGACUCAAGAACGCCCUGAACGGCAACGACGUGGACUUUGUGGACACCAGUGAUGACACCAGCGGUUCAGGAAGCGGGAUAUGCGCCGACGACUGCGCCCCGAGCCCGCGUCUCAUCGUCCCGAUCACGCAGCCCCCCAUGGUGUACGCCCGCCCGGAGAACGAGAGGGUGGUCAAGGGGUCGGCCAGCCAGAACCUCCCCUGCGUCCUCAGCUCCCUGCUCUCAUUGGCCGCGUUGCUGCUGCUGCUGUGGCGAUAAUUGACAGGUGGAAUCUGCCAAUCGGGACUUUGUUUGGGACACUGGGAGAGGGUUUGGCUUAUAAGGCAAUGCGGUGGGCGGGGUUUAAGAGGGGCGGGACAAGAAGUCUGGAGUCACUUUUGCCAAAACUUAACAGUUAUGAGGAAAGAAAAAAAAAAUAUAUACAGAUGGACAUCCUUUUGGGUCACGUGUUAGAACAGACAGAACAACGAGUAUUCCUAGUAUUCACCGUUUUUCAGUUCUGCUCUUGGUCUUUUUUUAUUUUGUGCUAUAUUAUGACACAAUUAGAGCUGGUCUGUUUGCAUCUUCUAACGUUUUUUGUUUCUGGGUGUGUGGGUUCUCCGGAGGUGAUGUGUGUGUACACGAGGCACGUGACAGACGGUACGAACUGGGAUGCUAGCUGUUGGUUGGGUCGCAUCACGGGAGGGGGGAGCCAGAGGUUUCGGGGAGCUUCUGCAACACAGCUGAGCCACGCUGAUUAGUGCCACGUCUGUCAAAUUUAUAUAUUUACGAUUAUUUAUUUAUUAAUGAUUCUGGAAAAUUUGAGCGCCCAAGUGGUUUUCCCCACUCUGUAACAUUCAUAGAAAAAGAAAAAACUUUAAAUGGAAUUUAACCAUUGGCAAGGGGAUAAUCUGAACAUGGCCAUGGGUAAGCCCCGCCAAACCUCUUAAGAUAUUAAAGCCACAACAUCAUCACACACACACACAUACACAUAUAUAUAUAUAUGACCCCCUGCUACACACGCAUGCACACACACACACACACACACACACACACACACACACACACACAGACACAGACACACACACACACACGCACUCCCCCCUGCAUCAGCACUUUGUGACGUUUAGUCAUGUAAGCUGUAAUAAUAGCUGUGAUCACACUCACAGAGACCACGGCCCCUCCACUGUGAAAGAAAUGUGACCCUUCAUCACCCCCCGCCCGCCACCCCCUAACCCUCAUCCUCAUCAUCAUCAUCAUCAUCAUCACUGAACCCCCCCCCCCCCCAGCUCCACCCCAGAGCCCAUCCCCUACGCCCGGCCCCUGGGAGGAAGGCCCCAUGUAAGCAGAAAACAUGCUAGGCUAUGCCCUGUGGGUCUCGGGUGACCUUCCUUCCAUAGAUCAAUGUUUGGGGAGCUGGGGUGUGUCAUUUAAGAACCUCUAGCUGUCCCCCCUCCUCUCCUCUCUCCCUCCACCUUCAACCUCCCCCACCUUCCCCUGCCCUAUCCCCACCACCCUCUUCCCAUUCCCUGCCUAGUCAAGGAAUGACAGUUAGAACACGGCAUUGGAAAUGAAUAGGGUUUCGAAUAAUGGGAAAAUCAAUGUUGUCACCAAAAAGGAGAAAUAGCAAGUGCCAGCAUAUCAGCUUUUUUUUGUUGGGUCAAUUGUAGGCAAAAAAACAAAAACAAACAAAAAUAAUAAAUGUGCUCCAUUGAUGUGCUAUUUCAUGAGCUCUACAGAGCCUGUAUGUUUGCAGGAAGAUAUCAUAACCACAACCAGCGUUGGUGUAUAUUUUUGUUCAUAUUUUUUCAAACAAUGUUCUAUAUCAGAGCACAAGCCGUCUCACUACCCAGAGAGCUUCACGGUACUAUAACCACUUGUUCCAUCACAGACUGUCUACCGCUAUACAGAACGAACACACAAGCUCAUAGGACAUUCAAUCUGGCACAGAGAUGAAUAUAUGGCGUGUACCCCGGCCAUUUCAUCUAGCUCCUAUCUUCUCCUCCAGCUCACUGUAUUCCCUUUCCUCAUUUUCUUGCUCUAUUUCCUGUAUAUUUUUUCAAUUGCGGGUUCUUCUAUUUCCUCCCCUCACUUCAUCAGUCUGCACGAACUUCAAAGUCGGUCUCCCUCACGAGGCACAGCCCGACAUAACCAUGACGUUGUGUUUGAUUUAAACGUAAACCCUACUGGGGAAUGUUUGGGCGGGUGGGGUAAUGCAACGUUAAGACCUCACUGAGCUGAAGAUCACUUUUUGGCAGGAAGCAGUGCCGGUGCAGAACUUUACUGAAAGGUCAGCAAUCUCAUUUGGAAUGACGUGUGUUGAGGUACAGGACAGCUGUGGAUGUUUGCUUGUAUGUAUUUCGGUAUGAAGGUAUGCAUGUAUACGUGUAUGUAUACACGUUGUGCAGGCAUCAGUGUUUGUUGCUUUGUGUUUGAGAAGGUAAGGCCAAGAGAGAAGGGGAGGGGGAAAACAGAGGAGAGAACGAUGCAUCUGAGACCAGUGAUUUCAGUGUACUGCAUCAAUCUGUGAAGCAUUAGUUUGCCGAUUAUUAUAAUAAUUGAUUUUUGGAUGGAGGCUGCCAUGGAAGGAGGCCUUUGAUUCAAGGAGCCUAAUGUUUUAGCUCGGCUAACGAGGCCUGGGAGAUCGGGUUAAGGUUUUAAUUGUUGUGUUAGUCAUUCGAAUGCACAAUGGCUACGAUCGUACAAAAGUAGAGCGAGGGAGGUCGUUACACGCAUCAUUAGAUAAUCGGCUGGGCUCCUCCGUAUAAGGCUCAGACCAUUGCAGGGAGAUCAGGUCCUCAGAUGAAUUGGGAACCGGGGCAUUGCGUGCGUUCCACAGCUGAACCCAGCCCACCACACCAGAGGUCUGGUUGACCAGACCUGCUGGUACCGGUUCCCAGCUGGACCGUCCCUCGAAUGGCAACACAGAGGAAAGAAGGGGCUGACACACGAACAGUGACGGUGCUGCGAUCUGCAAAUAUUCAGCAUCUGGUCCGCUCAACAAUAGGAUCUGUUUUUGUUCGCCUGCUUGUUUUCCACAGGGGGCUUGAGCUGACGCUAUUCAUGCCAAAUCAGAGAAAUAAGAGCCAGAUCAUUCCAAUACAUUUAAAAAAAAACACCACAUAUCUCCUGAAAAACUAUUCUUAAUAAAUAACCGAACAAGCAAAGGACUUUUACCACAGCUCAUGGAGGCGGAUUGGGAAGACAAAUAAGAAGAGCCGUUGCCUUCGCCUCCACCUGGGGAUAACAGCUUGCCUACUAUGAUUACCUGAUUGAUCGCACCUGUGUCACCGUUCCUUGAAUAGCUCCGGAUUUUAGUCCCCUUCUUGCCAGGCGCCUCCCAACUGACAUCUGUUGGCAGAGAGGACCCUUGUCCUUGGCUGUCUCUCUCUCUCUCUCUCUCUCUCUCUCUCCCCUUUGUCUUUGUUUACUAAGUUUCUCAGGCCAUUUUGGUGCUCGAAAAAUGCGCUUUUGUUGUUUUUAUUUCUGACCGGCCCCUGCUACGAUCGGUAUGAGCUGAGGCUAGGAGUAUUAGAGUGUGUGUGUGUGUGUGUGUGUGUGUGUGUGUGUGUGUGUGUGUGUGUGUGUGUGUGUGUGUGUGUGUGUGUGUGUGUACGUUUGUGUCUGAUGGAUGUCUUUGUUUCUUUAUUGAGACGUCUCUUGGUCCCCGGUUUAGACCUUAGCCUGUGACUGCCUUUCGAAAACAUUGUUGUGGUUGGGGGUCAAUUCAAUAUCUGAUAAAAGAUAAGAAAGAAAGUAAGAUAAGGGGCUAUAGCUUCUAAGGGAACUCAUUGGUCACGGUGAUCUACACUGAACCUGUGCCCUCCGGCCUCUCUGUCACUGUCAUAGGGGAAGGACCA